AUGCCACCACGCGCUCGCGCAAAGCCGGCCGCAGGGCUUGCUGGACUUGCCGCCUCCGACUCAGAGCCCGAUCUUGAUAUGUUUGACAAGUCCGACCUUCAAGCAGCUGUGCGUAGUGUUACCAAAAAGCCUCGUGGCCGACCACCAGGCUCAGCUAGUAAGAUCACCAAGCCUGCAUCUCGAGCGACGCGUCAAGCGAAUAGCGACAAGCUUCCAACUGUGUCCGAAUCGGACGCGCAACCAGCUGCUUCAGGUAAAGCCACUGCGAGUGGUACAAAGGGGACGCGCAAAGCUCAACAGAUAUCUAUAGACGAAACAUUACCGUUAGAGGACGUUGGAAUUCCUUCGAGCGCCCCGGCUACAGAUAUAAAGAAAGGAACGCGUGGGCGACCGAAGAAGACGAAUGGCGAUACAUCUAUUCUUGCUCCCGAAAGCGCUGUAAAACGACGAGGUCGGCCUCCGCGACAGCCUACCACGCCAAUUGCAGAAGUUCCAGAGACACAGCAGGACCCGAUGGAACUGGAUCCUGUAUUAGAAGCGGACGAAGAUGACGGUGUUGGCGAGCCACCUAGCAUCGAGGCUCCAGCACCAUGGCAAAGUUACAAUAUGAGCGACGAUACCAUGCGCCGGCAACUAGAAGAUCUUACAAGGAAAUACACGGCCCUUGAGGCUCGCCAUCGAGAUCUGCGUGACGUAGGAGUUCGAGAAGCUGAGCGAAAUUUUGAGCGACUCAAAAAGCAGGCUGAGGAGCGCACUGCCGAAGCCGCUACCAAGCUUAUAGCUGAACUGAAAGCUGAACUGGCUGCCCAGACUGCGCUCGCAAACGAAAGUGAGGAGCUCCGGAAACAAUUAGUCGAAAAUGAAGCCGAGACAGAAAAUUUGGAGAACACUAUCCAGACCCUGAACGGCUCUUUGUCCGAUGCCAAGUCAGAAAUUAAGACCCUUUCUAACAAAUUGGCUGCUGCGAGGUCGGCGGAGAAUAAUUCCAGAGUCCCGGGAAGCGCUAUGAAGGCCAGUGGGCUGGCGAAUCGCACUGCCCAAGCUGGAGCUGCUCAUGCGGCGCAAGCCACCGCGCUGGCGAAGGAAAGGCUCUAUGCAGAUUUGACAGAUCUGAUUCUACGGGGUGUGAAGCAAGAGGAGAUGGAAGACACCUUUGACUGCAUCCAAACUGGUCGCAAUGGCACCCUUCACUUCAAACUCGUAGUCGAAAACGACGACGCGGCGGACAACUACGACGAUGUGUCAUUUACCUAUCAACCACAACUGGAUGCAGGACGUGACCAGCAGCUGAUAGAUAUGCUCCCAGGAUAUCUCACGGAAGAGAUCACGUUCCCACGAUCUCAGGCGCUAAAGUUUUACGCCAGAGUCAACAAGUCUUUGACAGAAGAUUUGACGAGGUAG